AGAACUUUCUUUCUUGCUAUAGUUGCAGACACAGUCCCCACAAUCACAUUAUAUCCAAUCACAACUCAACAACAUCAACUUCACUUUAUUUCAGGCUCAAAAAUCUUGGAAUUUUGUUUAAAUUCAUUUCUUCAACCAUCCUCACUUGCUUUUCAGCAACACCUCUUUCUUGCUUCAGGAUUCUAUAAUUAUUUUUUCUGCUCAGUUGCUUUCUUUAUUAUUAUUUCUUCUCCUUUCCUUGUUACACAGACAAGGAAAAAGGGAGAAAGAACAAGUUUUUUUUUUUUUUUUUUCCCUUCUCCUUUCUCUGUUAUCUGUUGCUCUCAAACUCUUCACUCUCUCUUUUGUUUCCUAAUUGGGUUAACACUUAUCACAUUCAUUGUGUUUGCUUUUUUAUUUGUCUUCUCACUGAAAAGUUCCAUUUUUUUUUUCUGGGUCAUUGUUGCUUUUUUUGAUCUUGUUAGAAUUUAGACCAAUUGAGUCACAGAUAAUAGUUUUCAUUCAUCAUCAAUUUGGAGCAUUCUCUCUGAUCUUUUUGAUCAAGUGGGUAUUCUGAUUCCCUUCAAAAUGUUUGUGGGUUUAUCCUUGAUAUUGUUCUGGUAAAACUUCAACUUCUUUGAUUUAUCUUGCUUAGUUUUCAAUUUUCCUGUCAAUAAGCCCAAAUUUGAUUGUAUGAACUUGUAAACUGAACUGAUGAAGUGGGAAACUGUAGCCCUUUCUCCUACACCUUGUUCUCCAAACUCCAACCCCAGUUGGUUGGUGGAAAAUAACAGGAGCACGAAAUGGACUCCUGAAGAGAACAAACUGUUUGAAAAUGCUCUUGCAGUGCAUGAUACAGAUACUCCAGAUCGGUGGCACAAAGUGGCUGAAAUGAUUCCUGGAAAGACAGUACUUGAUGUGAUCAAGCAGUACAAAGAACUUGAAAUUGAUGUUAGCAAUAUAGAAGCUGGGUUAAUCCCAGUUCCUGGUUAUAGCACUGCCACUUCACCCUUCACCUUAGAUUGGGUGAACACUCCUGGUUAUGAUGGAUUCAAAGGAAGUGGAAAGAGAUCAUCCUCAGUGAGACCUCAUGAGCAGGAAAGGAAGAAAGGAGUGCCUUGGACUGAAGAGGAACAUAAAUUGUUUUUACUGGGUCUGAAGAAAUAUGGGAAAGGUGAUUGGAGAAAUAUUUCUCGCAAUUUUGUGAUCUCUAGAACCCCAACACAAGUGGCUAGCCAUGCUCAGAAGUACUUCAUAAGGCAACUUUCAGGAGGCAAAGACAAGAGAAGGGCUAGCAUACAUGACAUAACAACAGUGAAUCUGACAGAAACAUCCACAACUUCUUCAGAAGACACCAACAGAUCCACCUCACCACAUGUGCUCUCACAGCAGCAGCAGCCAAAUUCUACUCCAACUGCACCUACAACUCAUUUUCAGUGGUGUAAUCAGUCAAGCACAGGAAUAGCUAUGACUUUCAACCCUGCUCAUGAAAGAGUCUUCAUGUCUCCUUAUGGUGCUAACUCCUUUGGGGUUAAAAUGGAAGCACGGAAUCUGCAUAAUGAGUCUUCUUACUUGGGACCUCAGACACAGAACAUGGUUUUCCAAAUGCAACAGUCCUCACAACACUAGUCCCAUGCAUCAUUUAGCUCUUGUUGUAGUGAAUUAUUAAUGGAUGGAACCAGAAUCUUCUGUCCAUUUCAAUAAGUACAGUGGUUGAGUUGAGCUUUUCCCCCGAGUUUCAUGUGAAUAUAUCCUAGAAUGUUGGUUAGUGAUGAACUUGAAGGAAGGUACAUACAUUUGUUUCUUCAGCAAAUAAACACUUGUUGUAAGGAGAGUGGCAGGCAACCAAGUCCACAACGUUGAGUCUUUGUUGGUUUUCUAUGUUGUCUAAUAAUAAUGAAUUUCAAGCUAAGUCUAUAAUGGAAUGCCAACUUAGAGAUGAAAAGAGACACUUCAAAGUUGAUAACUAUCUAGGCACAUAUGUGUAUGGAGUAUCCUAUUAUUGGUAUUGAAAUGAAAGCAAAAUAUUAUUUCAGAAA